GAAAGGCAGACAGUCUUUGGACGGCGACCGAAGAAGAUGAACCCGUCUAUCAAGGUGGUGUGCGUGCUGAUGGGAGUGCUGGCCUCCCUGGCGAUGGUCAGCGGCGGUGGUUACGAUUGUCCGGCUGUUACUGAAUAUAUCACCAAGUACAAUACCAUCCUGAAAAAGGUUCCAAUUAUUCAGACAGUCUGGCGUAACAAAUUCCUGCCCACUACAGUGUUCAACAAGGUUCUGAGGACUCGUCACCAUACCCAGCAGCAGGACCUUUGGGUUCCCGAGGUCGUGACAACCACCCAAUACAACACGGAGCUUCAGCACGUGACCGUCGUGUCCACCGUCUACGAGCCUCAUGAGGUGACCCAGUACGUCUACAACAAGAACGUCAUCCCUCAGCGCGUGACCGAGACCGCUUACAAGACCACUUACAAGCGCGACACGGCUUACAAGACCGUCCGUAAGACCGACUAUGUCCCCAGAUACGUGACCACAACUGAGUACAGGGUUGAGUCCAUCGUCGAUACGGUGUACAAGACUAACUUCCAGACGCUUCUCCACACAACUACCGUGGUUAAGGAUAAGUGCUCCUAUGGCUACGGUGCCGGCUACGGUAGCUACAGCGACGAGUCUGGCUCAUACGGUUACUAAGGGCAGCAACGCAACGGGCCUUAAGGGGGGCGUUCUCUCUCACUGGGAACGUGCAUGGAUGAGGGAUUUUCUUAAGGGGGUCUUAUAGAUUUGCAUUGUCCAAAGGCUCAAAUCGUGUUAGAAGAGAUUCCAGUUAUCUGUAAGGCCAGAAUCCUCCUUUAGAGAUUGAAGAGUCAGGUAUAGAUGUGUUUUUAAAGGUUUCCGAUCGUUUUUGGCUAUCUUUAGAGGUUCAAAACAUCUUAUAGAGGUUUAGAAUCGACGCUUAGGGUUUUCAAUACCAUCUUAGUAAUCUUGAGAGGGGGGGGGGGUCGUUUGCUUUCUCUUUCGUCCCUAUACUGUCCAACUCCCUUAUGCAAGAGUUAACCAGCAUCUCCACUCUUUCAAACUGACCCCCCAAAUACUCUAACCUAGGUCCUACACCGAGAUUCAAAUGCUCAUAACUCAGCUUCGAAUGGACGAAACUAAACUUGGAUUACGCCAAAACCUGCGGAAAUUAUCGCUCUUUUCAUCCGCUAAGUUUCAUCGCUCUGGCUAAAAUAUGUUUUGAGAUAUGAGCAAAACUAUGAAAACUUUCCCCACGCAAGAAUAUAUAUGUAAAAAAAACAACCACUAAAGUUGACCACUCGUAACUCCACUCUAAAUCAUCCUAGGUGUCUGAAAAUUUACCCACAUAUACUCCAACUAUCCUUCUAUAUACCCACCAAGUUCCAUUGCCCUAACUUAAAUACUUUUUGAAAUAUGGGCAAAAAUAUGUCAACUUUUCCCACUUCAUAAAUUCAACUUUCCAGUGAGACGAAGCGUUCAAGAAGUCUAAUAAUGCUAAUGGUAUUAUUAUUAUUACCAUUAUUAUUAUUACUAUUAUUAUUAUUAUUACUAUUAGUGUUGUUAUAAUCGUUGUUGUUGUUGUUACUAUUACUACUACUCCUGCUAGUCUUAAUUUUACUAUUACUAUUACUAUUAUUAUUAUUAUUGUUAUUAUUAUUAUUAUUAUUAUAACUAUUGCUAUUUAUAUGACUGAUGACACAUAUUUUUGUAAUCCAUGUAAUUCUG